AUUUUUUUUACGGUAACUUUCAUUUUAGUUUCCUAUUUCAUCAUCAGUUUAUAUCUUGAUUGUUUCAUGUUACUACAUAUUUUAUGAUUGAUAUAAAUUGAAUUAGACUGAACUAGUUUAUAUCCUUCACACCAUAAAAGAGACAUGUAAAUUGGGGGGAUUUACCAAACUAAAGAUGGGCUUUUAAUAGCAUCCUGCAUCAGAGCACCAAGUAUUAAUUUGACACAAGUGAUUAAUUAUUUCAAGCUAAAAGUCCUGGGACUAUGAGGUUAUCGGGCUUCACUACCUUUAUCAAAGUGCAACAAGUGGACAUUUCAAACAAUUAAAAACUCUUGAUGCAAGAUCCCCUGUUCUUGACGAGCACAUCCAAACAAAGACCCCUUCACCUCAAACCUGCUAUAAGAACCAGGUUAUGCAAUGUCUCCAUUGUUUGAUCAGCAAGGAACUGAUGAACAGUUAUAAUCAUAUAGCGCUGUGUUGUUGAGUGUUCUUGAAGAGUUUGGUUAUUAAAUGUUUGCUCUCCGACUAAACUUUUUAAGCUAGUGCAUGGAUGGGGCUUUACUCGAAAUAUUCACAUUUACACCCACCCUAAUAGAAAAAUAUUGAAUAAAUGGCAAUAAAUGCAUCACAAUCAUGAAAUGAAAUCGGUACAUACAUGUCUUUUGAGGAAGAUCUAGGUCCACUGGACAUUUAGAAUAUGAUUAGGAAUUUUUGCCUUUUUAAGAAAUAUGCAUGUGCCAGCCUGAACUGGGUAAAGUUCUUGUUGUUUAAGCUGACUUCUAUUUCUCUUUUGUCUAUUAUUGCAAAGGGUGCACAAAAUACUUCAUUUCUUAUAUUGUUUUGUAAUUUUGCCUUCACUCUGCAUACAUGUACAUCUCUGUGACCUUGGAUAAAUAAAUCUUUUGGAAAGCUCUGAUAAUACUGAAAAUCAUCUUCUAAUUUACAGGUAUUUAUUUGUUAGGAUAUUAAAGAAAAACAACAUGAUUUUACACUGACAGAAUACCUGCUGUUUUGGGGUUUAAUUUAUCUGGGUAGCACCUUAGUGCUUUGCUUUGACACUGACUAUGAAAACACCAUUAAUUUUUCUGAUCUGGCAGGUGUAAAUGUGCAAUCUUUUCUUUACACUCUUGAACACACUAAGCUAUCUCUGUUAUGCAAAUAGCAUAGACAGCUAAGUCCGCUCUUUUUUACUGGUGCUUUCAUGGUUCAAUUAGAGCUUGUGUCUCCCUCUCUCUAGUCACGCAAGGCCAGUGAUUUUCAUCUGCAAUAGAGAUUGGAUAUAUACUGAGGAAUAUCAAAGCUAAAAGAUGAUCUUUCCAGAAAGUUGUGAUGGUUGGAUCGGUGACAGGAUUGAUUAUCGGGAGAAUUCCACAGAAUUGGAAUAUUUAAUCCGAGAAUAGAGCACUACAGUGUAUUUAAACUGGCAGCAGCAUUGGGAUAACUUCACACAGUGAGCAGAUUUAAUAAUCACGGUAUCAACAAUGUGAAUAAGGGAUUCAGCAUUAUAUAUAAAUCGAACUACAACAUGAGUGCAAUAAAGAGAAAAAUAGCGAGGAGGAAACACAGAGAUGACUCGGAUGUCUUUCUCGAAGACGACCAUCGUAGAGACAUUGAUCGCGGUGAAAAUAAAGGGUUUUUCCAAAAAUACCUGAGUCGGUCACUUCAGAACCUGGAUGAUUUGUACUGUUUAGAUGAUGAUGGUGAGGUGGAAUUGGACAAUGAAUCGGUUAUUUCGCUUCCAUUAACGGCUACAACGGUCACAGACAAUGAAGGGAGUGAUUAUGACCAACAGUUUGCAGAACCAACCCGCCAGCUGAAGGUAGCCCAGGUCCUGCCCAAUAACAACCAGCUAGACAAGCCCAACCCUCACUCUCUGGGAUCUAAUGGACAUGCUGGUAGAUAUGGGAACCACAUCAGAUCACCAGAGGGGGAAAGGCUGAUGAGUCCAAGAGCUCGCAUAGGUGAUGGGAGUGAAGACGUCACAACCAUGACAGACGGAUACGAUCCUGCCCUCGUUGAUAACGAUCUUAAUAUAUCUAAUCAGGAUCAAGACAACAUGUUCCAUCCAUUGGACUGGGACUACACUCUGAAUGAGUCUAACAUGGUUGCUGAUACCACUUUAAAGGAAGUAAACCCUUCUCACCGCUCGCCGAAAUCUCAUUCUCAACUCUCCUCGUACUCCAAGGUUUCUCACCAUCCGUUAAACAAGAGCCCUCGUCAGCACGGUGCGUUUGGAGAUAUCGGCUACGGCCCCCCGGACUAUACCGCGUAUCCUGGAUCUUCGGAUUUGGGUCUUGGUUCCAGGAGUGCUGGAAACCCAGUUCCGUUCCACACCAAAAUGAACUUGACUCAGUGGCAGCAGAAUUUAGACUCUCAUUUCGGUCUCCAGCAACAGAUGCAGCACCUCCAACUCAAUACUGGUUACCACCCCUCUGGUAGGAGUGGAACAGGCCAUGAUAUGCAUGUACAUGGUGCUGGGAUGGGGUAUCCUGUGGGGGAUUCCAAUUUUAGUUUUGGGCCUGUGAGGGGUUCAGAGUCAACGAAUUUGGAGGGACUGAUUCGAGCCAAGGAAAAUAUGCUUCAUGAGAGAAAUAUCAUUAUUGAGAGGCAAAAGUUAGAGAUUGCACACCUGAGGAAACAGAAUAAUGAACAAGAGAACAUUGCUAGGCAACGCAUCUAUACAAGAUCAAGGGAUGAAGGAGAUAUGCUCUUUCUGAAGAUGCAGGAGUACCAGUAUGAGAUAGCAUCAUUGAGAGCUCAGCUGGCUGAGAUAUCUACUGCUAAACUGGCUGAAGGAGAGCAAUUGAGCAGAAAAUUAGGGGAGGUAGAGGAGUCACAAGUCACUAAUGAAAUGACCAUCAAUGACCUCAAAACAAAGUUGAAGCUGAAGGAAGCAGAGUUACAGGAGGUCAAAGGUCAACUGUUGCAUAGCAAGAAGGACUAUGAGAAGCUGAAGAAGAAACUAAGUAAGAUUGAGAAAUAUAUGCAGAACCUUCCAACAGCUGAGGAGUACAAAGAGAGCUGUGAUACUAUCCGGGAUUUACGAGAGGAAGAAGAGUUGCUAAGGGAACGCAUUGUCAGUCUGGAAGCAUCUCUCUCUAAGGCUAAACAGAAAACUCACAGGAGCAAACAGGAAUCAUCAGACCUUGAGGAGAAGAAUCUAAGUCAACAGAUGGAGAUAGAAAGGAUGAAGAAGGAGAUGUCUAAGCUGCAGAAAGCAUUAGGAUCCAAAGAGACUGGUAACCCAACUGAUCUUGAGCUGUGCAGUAGGGAAGAUAUUGAACAACUUAGGGAAGAGAACAGGAGACAUUCUUCUAGUGUUGAUCAUUUGAAGAAGGUGAUAGACAGCAAACAUCAUCAUCUCCAGAAAGUUCAGAAAGAACACCAGAGGGCGCUAGAUGAGAUGGAAUCACGUCUGAUGCAGGAGGAAGGUGUCAUCACAGCUCUCAGAGUUGAACUCAAGAAUAAAGAUUCUUCUAUUCAAGACAUGACCAGGUCUAUGAAAGAGCUUGCAUCACAAAGCCAGGAGCUCUACGGCCACAACCUUUCCCUUCAGGAGAGCGUCCAGAGCCUUGAGAAGCAAGUCUCUUCAGACAAGGCUCGGUGUACCAGUCAGUUGGUCAAGGAGCUUAGUCAAUGUGUACAAGAGCUACAGAGAUUGGUAGAACUGAUAAACCAACGGGCAGAGGGCCAGGAACCAAAUGUCUCACUACUUCUGGGAUUUAGACCAUCUUCAGCGAUGUCCUUCGAUGUCGACGACGAUGAAAAGGCUGGCAGUGAGGACAUGAUCCGAGCCAUGCUGACACAGGUCCAUAAGCUAAGGGGUGACAUUGAUCUCAUACGAAGCCUCAUCUCAGAUAGAUACGCAGAGGACGUCGGUGCAAGCUGCAUCACGCAAUGACGAAAACAGGACUAAAGUACUUGGCUGAUUUUUUUUCUUCAAAUGAUUCCUUAACGGGAUUUAAUUGGAGUCUAUGCAUUCUAAUUUGUAUUCUGUGAGGAGACUAUGUGGUGUUUUUGAUAUGGAACAAAGUUGGUACAUUCCGAGAAUUGCAUUUUGAAUAAGAAGCAGAUAGAGAUCAGCAGAAGAUGUCAGUGCAUCACACAAUGAAGAACAGGAGACAAGGGUCUAUCCGUUCUAAUUGCCCUUCUUUUUGGAAAUUGUGUGGUGUUUUUGAUUGGGAAAAAAGAUGGAACAGUCCUAGAAAUGUUGGCGAAUGAGAGGAUACGAUUUUGAUUUUUUCCUUGACUUUCCCUGAACCAAGGGGAUGUUCUACUCAUCCCUUGCGGGUCGUAUUUUGUAAUCGACGUAAAAAGCAAAGUCAAAUGAGGAAAACAUGA